AUGGAUUUAUCAUUGGCAGCAAUAAUUACCAUUCUCCCACUCACCAUCACCAUCCUGCUCGUAUUCCAUUUCUACCAUCCGCUUCCAGAAUUCGUACGCCAGAAAUUACAGCUAGGGCAACGUUAUUGCUGCUACCUCGUAGCCUACCAGUGCUACAAACCUCCAUCCGACCUCAGGUUCACCACCGAAACCUUCACCAAAAUCCUGAGCCACCGCAACCACGACCUGGACGACUGCCGCUUCUUCCUCAAUUCCCUCGCCACCUCCGGCAUCGGCGCCGAAACCUGCGGCCCCAGAAACAUCGCCGAAUCCCGCGAAUCCCCCGCGACGCUCCACGAAUCCCUCCAGGAGGCCGACGCACCAAUCUUCGAAACCCUAGACAAGCUUUUCACCACUUCAGGCGUCCCGCCUUCCCGCGUCGACAUCCUCGUCACCACGGUCUCCCUCUUCGCCCCGUCCCCGUCGCUCUCCGCCCGGAUCGUUAACCGUUACAAGAUGAAGCAAGGCAUCAAGUCGUACAGCCUGGCCGGGAUGGGGUGCAGCUCCGGCAUCGUGGGGAUCGAUCUCGUCCGCCACCUCUUCGCCGCCAUGCCACCCGCCGCCCUCGCCGUCGUGGUCAGCACGGAGGCCGUCGGCGCCCACUACUACAGAGGGAAAGACAGGUCGAUGAUGCUCCCCAACGCGGUCUUCCGCACCGGCGGCUGCAGCCUCCUCCUCACCAACAACCCGUCCUGGCGCCACCGCGCCGUCGCGAACCUGACCGCCCUCGUCCGGACCCACCUCGCGGACGACGCUGCCUACGACAGCGUCGUCCAGAUCGAGGACGACGAGGGCUGCCCCGGGUUCCGCGUCUCGAGAAACUCCGCCGACACUGCCAAGCUGGCACUGGCGGCGAACUUCCGGGUGCUGCUCCCGAGAGUGCUGCCACUCUGGGAGAUAUUGGCACGCUUUUGGGUGGCCCGUGUUUUGCGGAGGAGGGUGAUCACGGGCGUGAGCGUGAAGAGCGGGAUCCAGCAUUUCUGCGUGCACACGAGCAGGAAGGCGGUGAUCGACGCGCUGGGGAGGAGCCUGGGGCUGGGGGAAGAUGACGUGGAGCCGUCUCGGAUGACGCUGAAUCGGUUCGGGUACACGUCAUGCAGCAGCCCUUGGUAUGUUUUCGGGUACAUGGAGGCGAAGAAGAGGCUGAAGAGAGGGGAUCGGGUUCUGAUGGUUGGGCUGGGGGCCGGGUUUAUGUGCAACACGUGCGUUUGGACGGUGAUGAGGGACUUGGAGGAUGGGAAUGUGUGGGGGGACUGCAUUUCUCGUUAUCCGCCGGGGACGUCGAUUGCUGCUGCUACUACUUCUUAUGCUGCCGAUGUUGAUGAUGUAUAA